UCCUUGCGCGAGAAGUAACAGAAGCCGAUGGAGGAGGACGCCGCCGUCUCCUCUUCCUUUACGAGGCACACUUGCUUGAAGCUGGACCUCCCCGUGGAGGAUCCCAAGGCAAAGGACGCUGUCUUUGUGAAGGCUACGUGGUUCCCCUCCCGCUUCGACCUCGCCAUCUCUGACGGCCUCGACGCCUGGACCUGCCACGCGUCGGAGGCGGAGGUGAGGCUUAGGGCGGAGCAGUGGGACCUGCCGGUGGCCGAAUACAUCGCCCUGGCCGAGCACUACCUUGGGUUUCAGCAGCCGGGAUCCAAAUAUGGCUUCGAGGACGCCGGAAACGGGCAGCGCAGGUUGUCAUGGACUUUUGAAAAGCAAGGUACCACACUGGAGUGGCGCUGGAAGUGUCAACCAUCACCCAACAAUAAGCAAACUACAGCAGGAAUCCUGGAUUUCCUUAUGGACGCAAAUAUUCGCCUGAGUGAAGAAGUUGUUAGGAAGACGCAAUCCAACCAGAAGUUGAAAUCAGAAGCUGAGAAAUGUUUACUUCAAAGUGAGAGGUUUAGCAAUGAGAAAGUUGAAUUUGAAUCUGCGGUCUACACAAAGUUUGUGGCCAUUUUAAACUCCAAGAAGGCCAAACUGAGAGAACUCAGGGAUCGGAUAGCAAAAAAAGGAACUGCUGGAAAAGCUUCAAAAGAGGAUGAUUCAACCGAUGGAACCGAGAGCUUUGACGAAGGAAGUGAUGACGAAAUAGUGAAGGCAGAACCUGCAGAAGAGACUGUUGGGGACCUUCCUGGCUCUUCAGAGGCAGCAGCCAGUUCUGGCUUGAGAACUCGAAAGAGAACUCGCAAGUAGCGCUCAGAGGUCGGUCACUGCAAAAGUGCAAAUACAACCAUUUUUUGCGUUAAACACUACAUGGAGGGAAUGUCUUCUUCUGAAGUUGUGUCACAACAAGUUUCUCCGUGCCGUUGGCCUCCUCUCACCAGGCCAACAUGCCGAGCCCACUGGGUGAGCUCCCUGAGCAUGAGAGGAGAUAAAACAUGAAGAAAGUUAUGGAGACGGAUUUUGGCACAUGCAUCGAACAUGUGUGAUGAUGUUGCUCUCCAAUUUCACACUUGUGUUUGCGGUGCCAGAAGCAGAACAUUGUUAAAUGAAAGAGAUACACACAAAGAAUUUUCCCAUUCAGAUAAAAUGUCUUUUCACAAUUCU